CUCAAAGAAACAAGUACCAGUUCACUUUAGGAAUCACGAUCACGGAUUACAGUUUUCUGCAUGGAAGUUGGUGUUCGGAUUUUUAUCAUGAGAAGGGAAACUUCUGAAGUUUUUCUGCCUCAUGCCAGGACACUAAACUGAUUCCUUUUUGUUUUGUUCGAGUACUGUUAUUAUUAUUUAUCUAUAUUUCUAAGUUUGGAAACUGGACUGAUCAAAAGUUUUUAUAUUUUGGAAUAAUGAGUGACUUCUCCUGGAUUCAUCUUUAUUUGGGGAUUUAACUGCUGUUUUAUAAAAGAUUAUAUGGUACAUUUUACAAAAGAUAUGGAAUUUUCUUUGCGAAUUCACCUUCUUACAGCUUUUGUCUCCUGUGUUAAGGUUUAUGCUCAAGUGGUACAACCUGCAAAGCAUCCAGGCCUGCAGGUGUUGGCCUCCGCCUCACAUUAUUGGCCUCUCGACGCUGUGGAUGGAAUCCAUGAACUGUGGGACCAGAUUGGAAACAGACCAGGUUAUGUUAAUGGAAGUAACAUAACUCUCAGAAUCCACAACCACACUGUGCUACCUUCCUCCCAUAACUCUUCCUAUGUGUAUACCAAUGACUCUGCCUACACUAACAUUUCUGCAACAGUAGAUAUUGUUGAGGGAAUGGUCAACAAAGGCAUCUUUCUAAAUGGAGAUAAUGGCGGUACCUUUCUUCACUUUGGAAAGUACCAGAACUCUUGUAUUAGCGACCCUACAUGGUGUGGUCCUGAGGGGAUUACCUUCUCCUUUUUUUGGAAAAACCACGAGUCAGAGUCCCGUUUUGCUGUAGCCUCUGGAGGGAAAGUUAUCUCCAAUGGCUUCUCUAUCUUCACCAAUCCCUUUGGAGGAUAUGUUGAGUUUUACACUAGAGGCAACAACCAUAGAUGGAAGGCCAACAUCAGAGUCCCAGGGCCUUACUGGACCCACAUUCUCUUCGCAUGGACGAAAAAGGAUGGUCUGAAGGUCUACAUCAACGGGACCUUCACCGCUGGUGAUACAGCUGGCAGCGUCUCGGAGAACUAUGGUGAUCCCUAUCCUGACCUUGUCAUUGGAACUGGCAACAACAGGGCGUAUGGUCACUACGUAACCGGCGCCUUCGAUGAGUUUGUCAUCUGGGAAAGGGCCCUUUCUCCUUACGAGAUCUUCCUCUACUACAGUGCAGCCACAGGCCAGGCCAUGAUUUCUGCCACAACACCCAGAGUCUCCAAAGAAGUCACUUCAACUGCACCAACAGCUGGCGCCCCUGAAGUGAGUAAUCCUGCCGUCAGCGGCCAGCGAGAGGAGGUCCAGAGCUCCCAGGAUCCGGAGUCCUUGCCGGUGUUGGGCUUCCUUAAGGCGCUGCCCAAUAGGACCAUUCCUCACAACACUGCCAACAACCUCACACAGGCUUUUCUCAAAAGUGUGGAAGAAGUGCUGUCCUCUCCAGGGCUGCCAGAGCAGUCCAUCCCUGUGGUCAGCGGUCUGAUCGAGACCGUGGACAGAGUGAUGGAACACAUGGUGACUAACCUGGAGCCCAGCCCGAACUCCCUCAUUUCACUUGCUGGAACAUCUUCUGUUGCAGACUACUCUCUGAUGAAAUUCCUACAAAACUACAACCUGCCACAUUACCGCUUCCCCACACAGGGCAAGAGUUACAUCUCGGUGCCUGGAGAGGCUUUCGCCAUGCAGUCUCAAACCACCAUCGUUGGCCUCUUCUACCACAACAUGCACAACUACUACAAAGAGAUCAGCCCUGUCAAGACCAAGAUUAAUGCAGCAGCUGAUUUUAAGGAUUACAAGAUCCAAGUAGCAAGCUGUCUGAUCUCUCUGAAAGUGGAGCCUUCACCGGCCUUGUCAGUGAACCUCUCUGGAGCGCCAGUCAUCAAGAUUGUCCUCACCCACAUCCUGACUAAAGAACAGCAAGAGCAAGUCCUAAAUCAGAGCAAUAAAGUAUUCCUCUACUGCGCCUUCUUGGACUACAGUUCAAAUGAGGUAGUAUGGUCCAAUGAAGGUUGUGUACGCGCUGAUGGAAACAUGACGUACUCUGUGUGUUUGUGCAACCACCUCACCAACUUUGCCAUACUUAUGCAAGUGGUGCCAUUAAAGCUCACUACUGGCCACAGGGUGGCACUCUCAACCAUCGGUUAUGUUGGCUGUUCAAUUUCCAUCUUCUGUCUUGCCAUCACUCUGGUCACUUUUGCUGUUCUGUCGUCAGUGAGUACCAUCCGAAACCAACGCUACCACAUCCACGCUAACCUGUCCUUUGCCAUCCUGGUGGCUGAGAUCUUGCUGCUCAUCAGCUCUCGCUUCGAACCGGGCACGUUGCCUUGUAAGGUAAUGGCUGUCCUGCUUCACUUCUUCUUUCUGAGCGCCUUCGCCUGGAUGCUGGUGGAGGGCCUCCACCUCUACAGUAUGGUGGUCAAGGUGUUCGGCUCUGAGGGCAGCAAACACUUCUAUUACUACGGCAUUGGCUGGGGCUCUCCAUUGGUGAUAUGUGUGGUGUCCAUGACAUCAGCUCUGAACAGUUAUGGCGAGGUUGACAACUGUUGGCUGUCACUGACUAAUGGAGCCAUCUGGGCUUUUGUGGCACCGGCUCUGUUUGUCAUUGUGGUGAACAUUGGCAUUCUGAUAUCUGUGACAAGGAUCAUAUCUCGAAUCAGCGGAGAGAGUUACAGGGUUCAUGGAGAUGCUAAUGCAGUCAAGCUGACUGUAAAGGCAGUGGCUGUGCUCCUGCCCAUACUCGGCAUUUCCUGGAUCUUUGGCGUUCUCGCUAUCAACAGACACUCUUUGCCAUUCCUGUAUAUUUUUGCUGUAUUCAACUCGUUACAAGGGUUCUUUGUCUUCUUGUUUCACUGUCUUCUCAACUCUGAGGUCAGAGCUGCUUUCAAACACAAAACCAAGGUGUGGUCUCUUACUAGCAGCUCCAUCCGAAACGUCAAUGUGAAGCCAUUCAACUCAGACAUUAUGAAUGGAAACAAGGAGGGCGUGACGCCCACCAAGAUGAACACAUGGGACAAAAGCACCAACUCGGCCAAUCGUAUCGACCUGUCCGCCGUGUAGAAUCAUUUCUGUCUGUGGCAGGAGAGCAAUCCGCAGCUCCCGAGUGUAGAAUGAAAAACACUGGCCAGACUAUUCGCCCACUAUGUUAUGCAAUGAAUUGGACACUCAUCCACUCAAGUGAAAGUGAUACCAAAGGAGAUGUUGUGUAGCUGAAUAAUAGCUUCACCUUUAAAGACAAACAGACUGUAAGGACUUUGCCUUAUUAUUGUCUCAUAAAAACAUAUUGUGUUCCCAAAAACAAGAGCAGGGAUUUCUAAUGAGGUCAGCGAGAGUCUUAGCAUCCAGGAGUUCGGUUCAGGGUCUGGCAACAUCGCUCUGAGUAGUGGAGCGUCUGGAAUUGUCUGUUGCAUGGUCCUUGGUACCAAACAAAAUUUCGUUGUAUCACUACAAUGACAAUAAAAACCUCUUUAUCUCUUAUCUCUUCUGUAUAUUGCAGUUGAUUUACUAAUUGGCAAGAGUUUAUGUAACAGAAUAGUUCAUUUUGGAAAAUACACUUUUUUCAUUUCUUGCUGAGAGAUGUCUGUUCAGUGAAUAUGAAGCCACUGCCAGCAGCUGAUUAGCUUAACUUAGCACAAAGAAUGGAAACAGCUAGCCUGCCUCUGUCAAUAAUCAACACAUCAUAUAACAAAGCAGAUGUGUAAAAAUGACACAUUGUGGAUUCACGGUUAUGUGCCAGACUAGCAAACUAUCUGUUUCCCCUACUUCCAGAAUUUGUGCUAAACUAAGUAAUCUGCUGCUGGGGGCAUAUUCAACAUACAGACAUGAGAGUAGUAGCAACCUUUUCAUCGAACUCUCUGCAAGAAAGCAGAUAAGCUUUAAUUAAGCAAUUACAUCUGCUUUAAUUUACUUGCAAAAAAUGUAACAUUAGAGAUUAUAAGUAUUUUCAGGGUAUGGUAGGUUACAAAUAGGCUACAUAAACUUAAAGUAAAUUUUCCUAAAUUGUAUUAGAUUUGUGCCUUAAAAAUAAAGACAUAAUGAUUUCACCAGCUGUUCAGAGUAUUCAUUAUCAUAAAGGUUCAUGCAGCUUUAAUCCAAUGUUGGGGGGCAGUGCAACACAACAACUGCAUGAUAACAAUGGAUGAAGCAGCAGGGUAAUUCUGAUAUAAUGUAUUUAUUUAUUUUGUGAUUCUGUAUAAUUUCUUCUGCAAAGUGUCACAGCUCAUCAAUCGGUAUAUGUUCUCAUGUUAAAUUCUGUCUAUUUGUGUGUUUUCUCUUGAAAUGAACGAGUAUAUUUGCAGUACCUCACAUCUUAGUAAGCUGCAGUAUUUAAUGCUUUUUGAGGAAUAGUGAAUACUGAUUGUGUGUUUUCGACACAAUUCUGUGAAGUCUUAUGGCGUCUUUAGCUAUUUCUAUUGCUGUCUUUUACAUUUUCAUACAUUUUUUGUACAGUGAAAUAUGUUCUACAACUUAAUAAGGUUGCUUUUUUUCUUAAAUACUGUGAGAAUGGAGGGAGAUGGCAUAUUUUAAAAUGUCAUUGAUCUUACACUGUACCAACUUUAAGUUUCCUAAAACAGGAUUUACUGUAAGUCACUCUGCGCUCACUUUCCAUGUCAAAUUUAAUGUUAAAUAUUUCAAUA